AUGGAGGAGAUCGAGGACAUGGGGCGACUAGGUGGUGGCAGUGACCCCAUAGCACGGCCCCAAUUCUGCACUGCCCUCGCCUAUGAGAGCAGUCACGAGGAUGAACUGUCCGUGCCUGCAGGGGCUGAAGCUCUAACAUCUGACCGGGGCUGGUGGCUGUGCAGGUUCGGCAGGCGCUCUGGUCUUCUCCCGGCCGCGCGGCUGCGACCAGAGGGCCUGGGCGCUCUCCUGAGUAGACAGGGGCUCCACCGCGAGGCCAACGGUGAGGAGAUUAGAGUGGGAGAGGCCCAAAGCUCCCCUGAGACCUCCCAGGCCGCGACCCUUCCCCCUACUGUGCCGGCCCGCCCCACGCUGAGCGCCAUUCAGAGCCGCUGCUGCACCAUCACCCGCAGGGCACUGCUGCGCAAGGACCCCCUUGAGGGUGUGUGGAAUUGCGCAGAGGGCAAGCCAAACGCUCCAGACCCCGGGGAGGACUGA